UUGGGUUGCCCGGGUUAGUUUGUUGGUUGCUUUUCACGUGCUAACAUCUAUAGUAUUUCGCAAUGGCUGCUGUUUUUACAAUCAACGGAAAACUUUACAAAGUUACAUCGGAUGACCUACCCGUGGAUACAUCGUUGAAUACGUUUAUAAGAAAUUAUGCCCAUCUGACGGGCACAAAGUUCAUGUGUCUGGAAGGAGGAUGUGGAGCAUGCAUUGUCAACGUUAAACGACCGCAUCCAGUUACAAAGAAGAUUCAAUCGUUCUCAGUUAAUUCUUGCCUAUUUUCUGUGUUUUCUUGCCAUGGAAUGGAAAUAGUAACGAUCGAAGGGCUUGGGUCAAAAGAAAAUGGCUAUCAUCCAGUUCAAAAAAGAUUGGCUUAUUUUAAUGGAACACAGUGUGGAUUCUGUUCUCCAGGAAUGGUGAUGAGUAUGUACAGUUUGAUGGACUCCAAACGAGAGGAUGUCACCAUGAGUGAGAUUGAGAAUUCUUUAGAUGGAAAUAUCUGCCGAUGCACCGGUUACAGGCCUAUUUUGGAUGCAUUUAAGUCAUUUGCUUGUGAUGCCAAUGAAAGGCUGGUGACAAUGUGCAGUGAUAUUGAAGAUUUGGGUACGAGUUGUAGAGUGAUGCGUUCCGAAAACAGUGCACCGUGCUCUUCUGGUAAUGAUCGCAAUGAGGGACCAUUGAAAUUAUUGUUCAAAGAUGGAAAACAUUGGCGCAAAGUGUAUAGCAUUGAAGACAUAUUGGAUAUUUUCUCUGAAAUCGGAAAUGAACCUUACAUUAUUGUAGGUGGCAAUACUGGACAUGGGGUUUAUCGCAGAAAAAGUGAUAUAUCAAUUUUUAUAGAUAUAAGCUCAGUGGAAGAACUUCACUCUCACUGGAUAGGUAGUGAAUUAAUUGUUGGAGCAAAUGUGCCUCUAACUGAAUUUAGGAACAUAUUAUUGCAAGCAGCAUCAAAUAGUUCAAAGUUUAAGUAUUGCGAAGAAGUUGCUAAGCAUGUAGAAAUGAUAGCACAUACUGCAGUGCGGAAUGUUGGUUCACUCGCCGGUAAUCUAUCAUUGAAGCAGCAGCACCAUGAGUUUCCAUCCGACCUAUAUCUCCUUCUCGAAACUGUAGGAGCUCAUCUAACAAUAACAAGCUCUGAUGGGAUGAUGAUCAAAACUACUCCUCAGGAGCUUAUCAAAAUGGAUAUGAACAAAAAGAUUAUCACAAAUAUAGUUCUGCCAGCAUUAGAUUCGGUGCAAUACAUUUUCAAAUCGUAUAAAGUGCAACCUCGGGCACAGAAUGCUAAAGCGUAUGUUAAUGCCGCGUUCUUGGUAAAACUUUCCAGCAACAAGCAUAUCGUUAACGAGGCAACGUUAUGCUUUGGAGGAAUCCACCCGAGCUUUACGCAUGCAGCAGAGACCGAGAGGGCCCUCGUGGGAAAAUAUCUGUUCCAGAAUGAUACAAUUCAGGAAGCUUUACGGAUGCUUGAUGCUGAAAUAAACCCGAAUUGGGAAUUGCCGGAACCUCAUCCAAGCUUCCGGAAACAAGCUGCUCUGGGAUUAUUUUACAGAUUUGUACUGUGCAUAGCACCGAGGAAUGCGAACAUAGUCAAUCCACGUUUCUUAGCUGGAGCUAUACCCCUUGAGCGUCCUGUAUCAUCUGGAUUACAAUCAUACGAUACCUAUCCUCAAAACUGGCCAUUAACGAAAAAUAUUUCAAAGAUCGAAGCACUCGCACAGACAUCGGGAGAAGCAGAGUACAUCAACGAUAUUCCCCACCGACCAAAUGAACUGCAUGCUGCAUUUUUCACGGCUACACAGGCAAAAUGCAACAUUUUGCAAAUCGAUGCCACAAGAGCCAUGGAACUUGAAGGUGCUGUGGCAUUAUAUACUGCAAAAGAUAUUCCCGGACGAAACGAUUUCAUGCCCUUGAUCGAAGGAAUCAAUCAUUUCUUUCCAAUUGGAGUAGAACCAGAGGAACUGCUUUGUAGCGGCAAAGUACUGUGCCAUGGUCAACCAAUAGGAGUAAUAGUUGCAAAAUCGUUCGAAGUUGCAAAUCAAGCAGCUUCUUUGGUUGAUGUUAUCUAUAGUCAACCUGAAGGGGACGUUUACGCGACAGUUGAAGAUAUAAUGAAUGCAGGAGCUACGGAACGUAUAGCGGAUCAGCCGAACAACCGUACUGGUUCGAAGUUCAGUACGGCUGGUGCAGGAGACAGAACCAUAAAGGGUAAAUUUUAUCUUGCUGGUCAGUAUCAUUUCUCAAUGGAAACGCAGAGUUGCAUGUGCAUACCACAAGAAGAUGGCAUUGAUGUUUACUGUUCGACACAGUGGCCGGAUCAAGUGAGCUCUUCUAUAUCUCUUAUGCUCAAUUUACCUCAAAGUAAAGUGAACUACUAUUGUCGACGUGUCGGAGGUGGCUUCGGAUCCAGGAUAACUCGAAGUGCACUGAUAUCAACCGCAUGUGCACUUGCUGCUUACCUAAGUCAAAGACCUGUACGGUUUGUUUUGACCAUUGAAGCCAAUAUGAGCUCGAUUGGCAAGCGUCAAGGGUGUUGGAAUGACUAUGAAGUAAAUGUAACUGACAGUGGCAAAAUAGUUAAACUUUCUAAUACAUUCACUCACGAUUCAGGAUGUUCACUUAAUGAGCCUCUUUCAAUGUUUUAUCUAAAUCAUUUCAAAAACUGCUACGAUGACAGCUCCUGGCAGUUGUUAUCUAAAGUGGCUACGACAGAUGUUGUUAGUAACACGUGGUUACGAGGACCUGGCUCAGCUGAAGCGUAUGCUACAAUGGAAAAUAUUAUUGAACAUAUAGCACACGAAACAGGAGUCGAUUCAACAAGUGUUCGUCUUGCUAACAUUCCAGCAGGAAGCAAAAUGCGAGAGCUGUUUAGUGAUUUUGUCAAAGAUGCAGAAUUCGUUAAGCGAAAAAACGAAAUAGACACAUUCAAUAUCAAAAACCGCUGGCGAAAACGAGGCAUAUCAAUGAUUCCACUAGCAUAUCAAAUAGAUUACGGCGGCUCUUUCGAUGGGUGGGUAGCAAUUCAUCAUUUAGAUGGCAGCGUUUCGAUUACCCAUAGUGGAGUUGAAAUGGGCCAAGGAAUAAAUACGAAAGUAGUCCAAGUUGCUGGCUAUAUAUUAGGAAUUCCUGUGGAAAAGAUUUCUAUCAAACCACUUAACAGCAUGACUUCUCCGAAUAGUUUCAUAUCUGGUGGAAGCAACACAUCAGAGAGUGCGGCAUUCGCUGUAAUGCGAAGCUGUGAAAUACUUGCAAAUCGAAUGCAGCCUAUUCGACAAAUGAACCCUACUGCAUCUUGGGAGGAGCUUGUAAAUACAUGUUUCACCGCCAACAUUGAUUUAGUUGCUAGAUAUAAUACGAAACCGUCUGAUUUUCGUUCGUACACAGUAUGGGCAAUGUGCUGUACUGAAUUGGAGCUGGACGUUCUUACAGGUGCUUGUAGGUUGGUUAGAGUCGACAUACUGGAGGACACUGGUGAAAGUAUGAGUCCAGGAAUUGAUAUAGGGCAAAUCGAAGGUGCCUUCAUUAUGGGUGUGGGCUAUUUUCUUACGGAACAUUUGGUAUAUGAAAAAGCCACAGGAGCAUUGUUGAAUAAUCGUACUUGGAAUUACAAACCACCUGGAGCAAAAGAUAUACCGACUGAUUUUAGGAUCAAGUUGCUUAAAAACUCUUCCAACCCAAUCGGAGUACUUCGUUCGAAGGCCACCGGUGAACCAGCUUAUUGUUUUGGAGUGUCAGCACUGUUUGCUUUAAGAUACGCUCUUAUGGCUGCUCGGAAAGACGCCGGACUUGGAGAUAGUUGGUUAGAGCUAGGCACAUCAUUGACGAUAGACAAAAUUCUUCCUUUGACUGGUACUGAGAGGGAGCAAUUUCUUAUUAAAUGAUGCCGAAAUCGUUUUCAUACCUGGAAUUAAUGUGCGCAUAUACUUUAUAUUUAUAAAUUAAAUUGAAUUUCUAAUCAGUAUAUCAGCGCAUCAUAAA